AGAGAGCGAUGCUGCAGGAUAUGUAGAGCGCGUAGGUGGUGAUUUUAUUCUUUGUAUCCUCCUAGAAUCUCGGAGGGCUUUUGGUGUUGUUUGGCAGGAGGAAGAGGAACGUGCUGCUAAGGAUAGCUUAGGUGUGGCAAGGAGAUAAAAUUGGCCAGAAUCUGGGGAGUGCGAGGUGUGUGUGCGGUAAAUCGUGGAAGGCGGCGCGGAUGGCUUAUGCAGUGCAGUGAUGGAAUCUGGUUCGUAAGGGAUUUGCGAUCAAGAGGCACCGAGUUUGCUGGACCUUUUUGGAAGCACGAGUUGGCACUGCUACUGGUAGUGGUGCUGGAGUGCCAGUGCCGAGGGGCAGGGGACAGAGGACAGGGGCCCGAGGGCGGCGGACGACGGGCGGUGGCAGUGCGUUUGUGUUGGUUGGAGUUCCAAGUUGUGGUGGUCGUGGCGGUUCAAGAUGUGUGGGAGGACUCAGAUGACAGGCGGUGGAAGAGGGUCUGCAAGCUUUUCUCUUGUGGCUUGGGCUUCCCGCGUCGUGGUUCGGUGGCAGCGACACAGUCAGGGCUGAGUUUGGGUGUGAGUACUUUGUAAUAAUGCUGAGCAGGUCAGCCCGUCGUGGAUAGAUGCAGUGCAGCUGAGGAUCGAUGGCGAUGGCUCGAUGGCCUGGUGACGAUGCUACUGGACUCGAUUGACGAGUGGUAGUGGUAGUAGAGGGAUGCUGUAGGGCCAGACGAGAUGGCAGUCCAAUUACUGUAAUGCCCGCAGGUUGUGGGCGCAGGAAAUCACAGGCACGCGGCGGUGGGAAUCGCGAUGCUUUCGAGAUGCUGACCAAUCUUACUCGAGGUGUGCCAGUGACGCCAGCAGCU